AUGUUUCUCGAAGCGGGAAGUCACGAUUGCUUCGCUCUAGACCGGUUCGGGCAUGUCCCCCAUUCCGAUGUAAAUUCAUGGCUUUCACUGAGGCAAAAACAGAUGGACGAACUUCGCACAUGUCACCGAGAGCAGUUCUUGUCGCUGAGAUCGAAAAUAAGGAGCCUUGAGAUAGAAGCGGGGAUCGCUUCAGAUGCCAACCCAUUCCUGCGGGAGAGGCAGCAAAUGCUCCUCACCAGUAAAAAAUACGGAGAAGCUUACGAGCAGUUGAAGGUAAUUACUGACAUCGUUUUGUCGAAUUUCGAACUUCUAUCGAAUGAUUUUUUUGGAAAAAACGCGUUACUAGUUCAUCGCAAGACACAGAGAAGCUCCACUGAAAGGAGCAUCAAGCGAUUACUAGAACAGCACAUACAACAGGAAGAACACUUUCAUAAGCUGUUUGAAUCUGAGCUAAACUCUCUGGAGCUGAAGAAGACUCGCGCACCCCAAAGUCAACUGAGUCACAAGCACGGAUCCGAAAAACAUGUUGACGCAAAAGAACCCCUCCCGAAAUCCAUUUUUGAGGACGUCCCAAACGAUCAAGAAGUUGGCGGUGGUGAGUUCAGAGGAGCACAUUAUUCAGAGGAGCACGGAAAUGGAACAACAGCACCAAAUUUGAGAGAAGAACCCUCAAUAAACGCUCAUAUGGACCAGAGACUGACUGUCAACAGAGCUGGAUACGCUCUGUUUGACGGCAAAACGAGACCUGCUUUUUCUCCUUCAUUGCCCGUUGAUUGUAAGCCGACAAGCGGGCCACAAUUAAUGGCGUCUGCACCAAAUUGUCGAGGAGGGCCAUCUGCGUUUCGAUACAAACUUCACGAUUUGGCUGAUAAACUGUAUCGCACAGAGAGCAGUUUGUCACCGCGGCGAGUUCUUCGUAAAUGUUCACGUGUCGAUGAUGAAUUUGGGCAAGCGCAUGAUGAUUCUGAUGACUUUUCGGCACGCGCAGUAAAUGACCCAAAUAAAUCCGAGAGCUCGUUAUACAUUUCGAAUGGCCUACGGAAAAUUCCGGGAUGUUGGCAAAUUCCAUGUGUGUAUCCCCAGUCAACUUCUGAACCCAGAUGCUCAGACGGAGACCAUGGCUCAACAAGUGUCGGGAGACUUGAAAACGCAGCUGAGGCUCUCCUCUCCGCCGCAAGCGCGCUGUUGGGAAGUCGAGUGACCGGGACAAAUAUCAGCACAGCUGUGAAUGAGUCCAUUCAAGGGAAGCCUAAAUUUGGUCGUGCUUCUUUGGAAGAUGAUACCUUUGAAAUCGAUCCUGUGAGUAAAACCAACCCAGAUUCCCGAUUCCAGACGAGACGUUCACAUCCUCUAGUGAGUGAAAUUGAUCCCGGUGUCCAUAACGCUUGCGCAAAAACCUUAGGCUUCAAAGUGUCAAAAUCUUCGCCGGACAUAUUUUCCGAGGACAUCUCCGGUGAUGACGUGCUAGCACUGCCAACCUCCUGUCCGGUCAGUACAUGCACAGUUCCCCGACUCGAGAUGAAGAAAUUGUCAUUCGUUGCGGAAAGCCCGGAUCUUGCUACUGGCAGUGCAGAUCAUGUUCUCUUAGACAAGAACGACAGAGGAUUGGAACAUUUGAAUCGCACGCAACGUUCCUUACCAAGAUCGACGCAGAUUACAGAGAGAAGAUCUGCUAAGGAAACGAAAUAUGUUUUUGGUGGCGAUUCCCCUACCCCUGCGGGUCCGAAUGGUAGGGCACCUGCCGCUCGGCUAUUAAUCGAUAGGGCACGGCCCUCCGCCGAGAAUACAGAACAUCGGAAAUGUCAGACAGAUCCCUGGGGACAGAGCAAGGGAUCCCAUAUCCCCGAAAACCAAAAAAGUCAAGAUGCGGCAUCAAAUGAAGCAGAUUUGCAACCGGAUUCACCACAGGCACGCAUACCCUGCUUGCUCGACUUCAGAACUAGCUAUUUACCUCAUCUUUACUUGUCAAUGAUUCAUUCCAAUACUGACAAGUAUCUUUUUAUUUAUACUUCAAGCAGAUUCAAACGGUCAACGAUCCAAGCUAUUCAGGACCGACCAGAAUCCGCACAACUGAGCAUCCCCUGCUCGCGGCAUCUAAUGCAGAUCGUCGGUUCACCACAGAAGAUUUUCGCAACCUUUUUUCAUAUGCUCGACAUGGGAAGUACAAGCAGGUCAGUCGUCGAGUUACUGAAAGGUGGCUGCCCAGCAGAGGGGCGAGACCAGUUCGGGAAUACACCUCUCAUCAUCGCUUGUCAGAAUGGCAAUGCACGCAUCGUCAAAGCUCUGAUUCGGCAUGGAGCCCUCAUCAAUUCACAAAACAAGCAGGGAUGUACAGGGCUUCACUACUGCAUUGCUUACGGCUUCAAUGCAUUGAGUGAUUAUUUGAUAUCGAAGGGCGCAAACGACAAAAUAUUGAACAAGCUAGGCUUGAGCCCAUAUGAGGGCAUCAAAUAAUUGAGGGUCGUAGAGGCAGAACGACGGGGGGUCGCCGACACCGUUUUUCCCUUGUUGCCUGAUAUUCUUUUUAAUGGAUGCAUCACGGUUUCGACAUCCAUUUCUCACGAACCCUCAUUUUCCAUCUCUCUCUAUACUCCUACAUUUUCGCUGCCAUCUAUUGUACUCUGAUUCUGCCUGAACAAGCUGCUGACGCAGAAUCCCUCGUGUGUUGCGCCAUACUUUUACUUUCUCUUCUGCGGUGAUUAACUCGAUUGUGUUCGUGAGCUUUUUUAUUUCUUUAUGCCGAGCAUCUGCUGUGAAGGCAGCAAGUGGAUCGAAUUUGGUUCUUGAUUGCAGCUCGCCGACACUGCUUUGGAGGUCUGCGAUUUUUGAGCGCAAAGUUUCCAGUUCCUCAACAAUCAUUUCAUCCGAGGUCAAAAAUUGCACGUGCCGGAACAACAUCCGGGCAAGAUCCUCAUUAAGAUCUGACAGUGAUAGUGACCCGACAGACUCGAUGAAAAUUGCGUGUUCUGUGGGGUUGAAUUCACUUUCCAUUGCAUGCUCGGGAUUCAUACUGGCACUUGUCCCUAGUUCUGUCAUCUCCUUUAAGACAAGUCCUUCUCGAUUGCGCUGUAUUUCAUCUGCCUUUUCCACACGGCGACUCAAUUUAUCCAUUUGCUUUGGAUACCUGACCAUACCCGAGCUGUGCGAACUUUC